UUUAAUUUAAUCAACCCACAAGGAAAACGCCUACUGUUAACCACCUUGUUUUGUGCCAAUUCAUAUUCAAGUUUAUGUAACGAUUCCUUUUAAUUACUUGCGUGCUUUUAUUGAACCAGUCAUUAGUCAUAGUCCACGCCCACCAUCCUCCUCAUAACUUUCUCAUUUUUUCAUUCCAUUUUUUUUUUCUCUUCAUUUUUCUCCAAACCCAAACUCUUUCAAUUCAAUAUUCACAACAUAAACUUUAUGCACACAAAAUCAAAAUACAAAGAAACCACAGUUUAACAAAAGAUGUGGGUACAUAUUGCAGUUAUAGCAUCCACCGUUGGAUGCGUUUCAACCAUACUUUUAAUUUUAAUCUAUCGUCGUUGGUGUCAUCGAAGAAACCGUAGAAAUUCUGUUGAACCAGGAGAAAAUUCUAGAAAUAGAAUUCAUAAUCACAUGCCAAGUGUCCAUCAUCAAUUAGAACAAGGUAGUAACAAGAACAAUAAUAAUUCUCUGUUUCGCAGUUAUGUUUCUGGAAAAAGAACAACAAACUUGUUCAGCUGGAUUGAAAAUCCAUCUAUGGCUGCUGAUGCUGUUGAAAAUGGAUGGUCAAGAUUUGCUUUCACUAGCUAUAAAAGUUACAUGCCAUCGCCAUCAAAGAAGGUUACACUGUUAGGAUCAUGUGCACCUGUAGGUGAUUAUCGAAGAGAAUCAUCUGAAGCUGAGAUUAGUUGGGAAGUUUCACGUGGAUCAGAUGAGUUUAUGCAGAAAGUUAGAUUGAAUCCUGGAUUAAGAAAAUCUAAUCAAGUUAUUCAAAAUAAUUCUAUGGUUACUUCUGUUAUUAGAACAGCUUUACCAUUACCUGGUCCUGUUUUAGGAAACUAUGUUUUUCCACAAGAAGCUUAUUUUGAAAUUACGAUGUUGUCCUCUUCACGUGGCGAUGAAUUUGAAUCGGUAAGAAAGAGUGUGGAAGGUGAUAAGAUGAAGCUUAUUGUGAAAGGGAAUUCGGAGGCAUUGGUUCAUGUUACAAGUGGGAAUAGUCAUAAAAGUAAUAGUGUUGAAGAAAUGAAGGUUGAUGGUAGAGAGAAUGGCGGGAAGAAGACUGAUUCUGUUAUGUUUUCGUUGGGUUUGACAGUUGGUGGUCCUGUUGUUUUGAAAGUUCCUGGGAGUUAUCCCGGUAGCAUUGGUUUUAACUCGAAUGGUUCUGUUUAUCUUGAUGGAAUGAAACUUGUAUUCGAAUCUGAGAAGGCAGAGUGGAUUGGAACAGAUAAGGUGAUUGGUUGUGGAUUUGAUCCAAGGCAGAAGAAAGUUUUCUUCACGUUAGACUCAGAAUUGAUGCAUGUUGUACACUGUCAGACAGAAGAAUUUAGCACUCCAUUGUAUCCAACAUUAGCUGCUAAUAUAGACAUUAUGGUAUUGGUCAAUUUUGGACAAAAUGCAUUUAAAUAUGCACCAGCAAAUGCUCAAAGAACACCAAAUCCAUGCCUUGUAUCACCACUUGUAAGUUCUCCUGCUGCCAUAGGUUACGACGAUGAUAGCAAAGAAUUAUUCUCCAUGGGUAGGAUUGAUUCUCAUUGGCUUAAUAGGACUACAACCAAAGGAAGCCACAACAAUGGGAACAAUAUUUCAACCAUGGAUUUUGAUGAAGAGUCUGAGGCUGAUUUGUUUGAAAUCGUCAUAGAUGGUUCUAGAAAAUCUCCAAGUACAACAUCAUAGCUUACAACAAAUUGUGCCCAAGUUGUCUUGGUUCUGGCAUUUAACAACCUUCUUUGCUUGUACAAAUAGUACAUUAGUUUGCACAGCACAUAUUUUUGAAAUAUUUGUGUAUGUUUAGAGUUUCAAAGGUAGAAUACAACUCCCAUUUUAUUAGAUGAGAAAUACAAAAGUAUUUGUAUAUUAGAGAAUUAAAUUAACCUAAACAUUUAUACUAGUAUGUCAUAAGUUUUGAGUUGGUAAGAUUAUGACUUUAUCUGA